UCGCGACAUGCGUGACCGGAAGUAAAUCUCCGCCACGGGAAAACCCAGCAUCGUGAUAAAAGCGUAUUAUCUGUUAGCUACAAUGUGAGGGUAAAAAAUACAAACGGGUAUCUGGCGAAAAACAGGAAUAGUACUAGCUAAUGCGUGAGAAAGAAAAAAAAAUAAUGCAAGAAGAAAUGGGAGCUCGCGAGAGGCAGGAAACCGGAAGCGUGAAGGGGGAGGAAACGGGGUCGCCCCACAUACACGCUUUAAAGAAUGAGGACGGUUAUGAAAUCUCCAUUCCCUUCGAGGUCAACACCUUUGAACAGUCUGGCUUUUUUAGGCAGAAUGAACAAAGCUUUGAAGAGUCAUCGUCAUCGGGUCUCCCCCCAUCAGGAUCCUCCUACCUCCUGAUCACCAACUUGCGCACUCAGCUGCAGAUCUCCCUGGAGAAGAACUCAUGGCUGCAGAAACGCAUCGAGGACCUGGAAGAGGAGCGCGACUUCCUCCGCUGCCAACUGGACCGCUUCAUCUUCUCUACGAAGAGCCAGGAGAGAAACGGCUAUGAAUCGAGAAUGUUCUCAUGGGGAAGGAGGAGAGCAAAUGAAAGGGAGCACCACUUUACACCCCGUCGACUAUAUUCCCGAAAGCCAGCAUCUUCAGACCCGUCCGGCAGUGCUCAGGUUAAUUGCGGCCAGACCGGCAAUCAAAUGGGACGCAUGUUUUCUCCGGCACCCCCAGACAUGCUGAUUCAAGGACAAGCCAGGAGCAACAAUGAAAAGAUGGACAGGACACCUGUAGUUGGAGAGGAAGAGCUCUUUGACCAAGGUGGUUACUUUGAGGAAGAGAGCUCGAUGGCUGGGAGUGAUGCAAUGACGGGGGCUGUGACUUUGAACAGCCUGGGAUCGGGAUCCAGCAGUGGACCUCCGGGCGUGAUGAGGCGGCGAAACUGCAGGAUUGCCCGAGCGAAGGAGAGGCAGAGAGUUAAAGAUGCGGCCGGGGUGCUUUUCCGGUACAAAAAGAUCCUAAUGACGUACCAGCGGUUAAAGAACAUGUCUAAGGCGUUCCAAAUCCAUGGAGUGGACCGCAACACGGUUGCCUCGACAACACCCAUCGCAGAGCUGCUGUUGGUGGCCCCCGAGAAGGUGGCGGAGGUUGGCGAGUUUGACCCCUCUAAGGAAAAGCUUUUGGACUAUGCUCGACGCUGCUACGUCUCCCUAGAUGAGAAGACGCGGAUGAAAGUCCAGGAGUUAAAGAAGAACCAUCUGCUGCUGCCCAUCUCCUACAGGUUCAGACACUAAUUGGAGAGAGAGGCAGGGAGGGAGGGCUUUACCCAUCUCUUCAGUGGGAUUUGGGAUCAUGGAAGGAAGACCUUCUGGUAGAUGUGGCUCCAGAAAUGAGCUGUGCUGGCUUUUGUUAUGUGGCCAUGCUGGGUAGUUAGGGCUCAGUGUUUCGGUGGGUUGUUGAUUGUUUAGUUUUCUAACACCAUCUUGGUCUCUGAAAAAGGUUUGAGAAUCUAAUGCUACAAAAGUGUGGGCGAGCAGAGCUGGUAAAAGGUCACUACCGCCCGUCUGACUCGCGCUCGGAGCUCUUUGGAAAAGGCAUUAAUAGGUACAAUGAAUUGAAAUGUAUGGUAUUGUAAUGUGACCUUUGUGGUAUCUCAGAGUUGGUGUGAUUAUGACUAACCAGAGAAAUGUAUGCAAUUCACCAGUAUCCAUAGACAGACCUACCAUUAAAAACAAGCGCUGUUGUAACCAUUGAUUCGGUUUUAUACACAUAUGUGCACAUGCAAACACACUGCAUGGCCACUUCCUUUCUCUGAUCCUCAUUCCGUUUUCUCAGUUAAUGCUAUUUGCACAAUAUGUCUGCUUGCUGUAAUCAAAAGUGUUACACCUUUUUACUGUAGGCUAUAUUUAUGUCCUGUACUUCAAUGAUCUGAUUAAAAAAAUUGUAGUAUGUAUAAUGAAAUACACCUUUAUUUGUGCAUUGCAGGCUGACAUAUCAUUGCAGUAGUAUAUUAUUUAAUGUAUUGAUCAUUUUGCUGUGCUAUACUUUGGUAAAUUGAACAGUUCUGCGGUUGUGCUUCUGAUUUGUAUUUGAGCUAGUUUUGUACUACUGUCAUUGCAUGCUUUAUGAUAUAAAAUGCAAUAAUUUGGAAAAUGUGCUCUGGUAAUGGUUGCAAUCGUCUGUGAAUUUGGAAAGAUUUUUUUUUUAAUGGGAAAAGAAAAUGUGGUUCUCUGCUCCCAUUUAUAUCAGAUAUGCAUUUUCUUCUGAAUUGAAAUACAGCAAUUUUGACAUUUUAAAGAGGAUUCUAAUUUAACAAAGUUCAAAUGUUGACAGCUGUCAAUUUCAGAGUCUUAUUUAGCAAAAUAUUCUGGUGUAAUCAAGUGUUAUUAGCUUUAGUAUAUCUAAGUAGUGUGUGUAUUAUGUACAGUUAAAUACAGAAAUUGACACCCCCCCCCCCAACUGACUGUAAUAGCUUGAGCACUAUGUGAAAA